UGAUUGCGACUCGGACAGUUUAUGUGUGUGUUUAGGGAGUUCGGAGCGUAGCUCACUUUGAAUUAGAGAUUAUAAAUAAUAAUAUUUGAUAGGAUUAUUAGUUUAUUAAAUUAAUUCAGCGCUGAUUGGGCCGCAGGAUGUUCGCGGGUUUGCCGGAGUUGGGGAUUUCUAACGGAGAGGAUCUGAAGGAAACUCUGACCAACUGCACAGAACCGCUGAAAGCUAUCGACCAGUUCCAGACGGAGAAUGGCAUUUUGUUGCCCACCUUGCAGUCAGCAUUGCCUUUCUUGGAUCUUCACGGCACACCUCGUCUGGAGUUCCACCAGUCUGUCUUUGAUGAGCUUCGGGACAAGCUGAUGGAGCGAGUUGCAGUCAUUGCAGAAGGCAAAGAUGAGGACAGGUACACUAAGCUGGAAGAACUUCUGGAGAAGAGCUUCCCUCUGGUCAAGAUGCCCUCCAUCCAGCCUGUGGUAAUGCAGGUUAUGAAACACUUACCAAAGGUGCCAGAGAAGAAGCUGAAGCAGGUGAUGGCUGAUAAGGAGCUGUAUAAAGUGUGUGCAGUGGAGGUGAAGAGGCAGAUCUGGCAGGAUAAUCAGGCUCUGUUUGGGGACGAGGUGUCUCCUCUGCUGAAGCAGUACAUUGUAGAGAAGGAAGCUGCACUGUUCAGCAGUGACCUCUCCAUCCUACACAACUUCUUCAGUCCUUCACCCAAGACCCGGCGGCAGGGAGAGGUUGUACAGAAGCUCACACAGAUGAUUGGGAAGAACGUGAAGCUGUAUGACAUGGUGCUGCAGUUUCUGAGGACCCUGUUCCUGCGCACACGCAACGUACACUACUGCACUCUACGUGCUGAGCUGCUGAUGUCUCUCCACGACCUGGAUAUCAGUGAGAUCUGCUCCGUUGACCCCUGCCACAAGUUCACCUGGUGUUUGGAUGCCUGCAUCAGGGAGAAGUUUGUGGAUGCUAAACGAGCUCGUGAGCUGCAGGGCUUUUUGGAUGGUGUGAAGAAAGGACAGGAGCAAGUGCUGGGAGACCUCUCUAUGAUUCUCUGUGACCCCUUUGCCAGUAACACACUGGUUUUGAGUACCGUGAGGAACCUGCAGGAGCUGCUCAGCCAAGAUGCCUUGCCUAGAGACAGCCCAGACUUGCUCCUCCUCCUCAGGAUGCUCUCUCUUGGCCAGGGAGCCUGGGAUAUGAUUGACAGCCAGGUUUUCAAAGAGCCACGACUGGAGCUGGAAGUUGUGACACGUUUCUUGCCUGCCAUGAUGUCGAUCGUGGUGGACGACUACACUUUCACUGUGGAACAGAAGCUCCCAAGCGAAGAAAAGAGCUCCCUCACCUAUCCUACAGCCCUGCCUGAGACAUUUACAAGAUAUCUGCAGGACAACCGAGUAGCGUGUGAGAUGGGCCUUUAUUAUGUGCUUCAUAUCGCUAAACAGAGGAAUAAGAAUGCUCUGCAGAGGCUGCUGCCUGCUCUCGUGGAGACCUACAAUGACAUGGCAUUUGGAGACAUUUUCCUCCAUCUCCUGAUGGGUCACCUGACCCUUCUCUCUGACGAGUUUGGCACGGAGGAGUUCUGCACGGCUGUUUUUGAUAAAUUCCUCCUCACCUCUUACUCCAGCAAGGAGAAUGUGCACAGACACACACUGCGCUUGCUGAACCAUCUCCACCAGAAGGUGCACCAGUCUACUAUGGAAACCCUGAUGAAAACCCUGGAACCACCCAAACAAAGCAGUGAGCAGGUGAAGGAGCUCUACACGCAGCUGACGGAGAAGCUAGAGGCCUCCAAGCGGAGUCCACCUGAGCCUGAGGAAGCACCAGGCCUGGACCUGGGCCUCCAUCCUGUUACAGUCCCCACCACAGCCUCCACACCUACCACUCCACUCUGAGGAGGCAUCUAACGGCAGUUCUUUACUGCUGUACUUAAGGACUACAGUCAUGUAGAGACUGAUCGAGGAGCAGCGCUACCUGGAAUUGGGUUACGUUCACACAGCAGGUCAAAAUGUGGCUCAAAUCUGAUUUUUUUUUUUUUUUUCGAUUAUUUUAUGCUUCUUUAUCUAAAAAAAAUCUUGAAAAAGAGAAACGUUUGCACUGUGUAAAUGACAUGUAUUCCCCAAAAGAGCAGCGCUUCACUUGAAGUUUCGGUUUCAUCCCUGCUAGAAUCACAGGAGCUAUCAUAGGAGUUUAGUUGACUGACAUCUGGGCUCAUGCAUCUCAUAGUAAAAAAGCCAAAUUUUAGCUUUUUUUCAAGCUUUAAAGCUUGUAUUUUUCUUUUUUUUGUGCUGGAGCCACAUUCUGUGGCCACAUUUGGCCAUUACUUCGGAAAAACUGAAUCAGAGAAAUAGCUGAAAUGACAAAAAAGCAGCAGAGCUUUCAGACCUCAAAUAAUGCAAAGAAGAAAACAAGUUCAUAUAAAGUUCAGAAAUCAAUAUUUGGUGGAAUAACCCUGGUUUUAAUCACAGUUUCAUGCUUCCUGGCAUGUUCUCCUCCACCAGUCUUACACACUGCUUUUGGAUAAUUUUAUGCCUUUACUCCUGGUGCAGAAAUUCAAGCAGUUCAGUUUGGUUUGAUGACUUGUGAUCAUCCAUCUUCCUCUUGAUUAUAUUCCAGAGGUUUUCAAUUUGUUAAAAUCAAAGAAACUCCUCAUUUUUAAGCAGUCUUUUAGUUUUCUUCCAGAGCUGUGUAACAAAAAGGAUCAGAUUUGGUCUGUUUUUACUUACUGUGUAUGUGAAUGUAGACUCUGUUUGUUGGAGUUCCUGUUUUUUUUGUAUUUUACAUUGGUCAGAUUAGUAGCCUGCAACUACAACUUCAAAACAGCAGCUUUUUUCUAUUGUAUAAAUGACUGUUUUAUUAAAGCGUGCGUGGUCUCAUUUAAUUGAUGUAUCAAUGCUAAAAGAUGCUUUUCUUACUUUCCUGAACGGCACUGUUAUUGUGACUGACUGAUGUGUGAUAUAGAUCUGAAACUGAUGUGAUGUUUUUGUAGCUGCCCUGCUGUAAAUAAAUUUAUUUAGAAAAUAAAUAAAGCAUUUUAUUGCUAAUGGAAAAUUAA